AUGAAGCCGAACCCGCAGACGCUCAGCUCGCGUUCCAACCGUGACUCACCUCUCAUGCCUUACUGCUCCCUUUCCUCCUCCUCCCUCUCUGCCGACGCCUCCCCUUCCUCCUCUCUCCGCUCCUCCCUCACCUCCUCUCAGCGGCAUGCAGUUGACCUCACCACCUCCUUCCCGCAGUUCAAGCGAGAAAUCGCCCGGAUCCGCUGCACGGCAUCCCUCAAAUCCGCUGCCGCUGCUGCCGCGUCUUCAUCUGCUGCCGCUGCUUCUUCGUCUGCUGCUUCUGCGUGUCCCAGUGGUAGGCAGCACUCCGAGGGGCGAUGGCAGGAGUGGGCCGAGAAAGUGAAGGGAAAGAGGCUCCUAUCACCACAGCAGAUCGAACAGGACGGGGAGUUAGAUGGGGACUCCCCUUCGGAGGAGGCGGAGGAGGAAGGGAAGGACGAGCCACGGAGCUGCGAUGAAAAUCGAAUGGAUCAGCUGACAGACCAGCAGCAGGAUCAGGAGAAAGACGAAGAGCAGGUGAAUCGGCAGGUGAAGCAAUGGGUGCGGCACUCACAGGGCAAGCCACCGAGGCCCAGUCAUAACCGCAGCGCGAGUGCGCAUUCAACUCUCAGCAGGCGCCAUCCAGACCUUCCGCCUCACCUGGAGCGUAUGCAGGAUCAGGAGCGGAAUCAGAAGCAGGUGGACCAGCAGGUGAAGCAUCAGGUGAAACAGCAGGUGAAGCACUCACAAGGCAAGCCACCAAGACCCGGUCAUAACCGCAGCGCAAGUGCACAUUCAACUCUCAGCAGGCGCUAUCCAGGGCUCCCUCCUCACCCAAAUCUCCUCUCCAGCUACCCCCUCAGACGCCUCUCGCGAUUUUUCAGGCGCAUCUUCAGGUGUUUCGCCAGGUGCCGCCUCAGGUCCCAGCCGCAACAGGUGCGUUCGACGUUGUUGCUCCCGCACCCCAAGUGCUGA